UCUUGUUUCGUAGCGUUACUUCCCGUAGUUGUCCACCUGAAACAUGAUGUGUGUCUUUCACUGUUUAACGGUGUAACACUUAGCAAGUGAAACUAACUUGCAUAGAAACGAAGGGCGAGUUUCCUGUCUCACUGCAGGAAUGCCGGGUGGAGAGUAUGGGGAGCUCGGGGGCAGCCUCCCUGCCAUCGCCUCCCUGAACGCUUCCUACUCUACGUCGCUGUCCCUCCCUUCCCCGUACCUGUUUGUGCCGCCUGCAGAGCGCAAAGCCAUUUCUGACGUCCGCCGCACCUUCUGUCUCUUUGUGACGUUCGACCUGCUCUUCAUCUCACUUCUCUGGAUUAUUGAGCUGAAUAUCUCUAGCACAAUCUGGGACAGUUUAGAAAAUGAGGUUGUCCGUUAUAACUACAAGUCUUCCUUCUUUGACAUCUUUCUCCUUGCUGCAUUUCGUUUCCUGUGUUUACAAGUGGGUUACGCUGCCUUUCGGUUAAAGCAUUGGUGGGUUAUUGCGAUAACCACUUUAGUGACCAGUGUCUUCCUUGUUGUUAAGGUCAUCAUAUCUGAUCUCCUGUCCAAGAAUGCAUUUGGCUAUGUUUUGCCAAUCACCUCCUUUGUGGUGGCCUGGCUGGAGACCUGGUUUCUUGACUUCAAGGUGCUCACACAGGAGGCAGAUGAUGAAAGAGCCUACCUAGCAGCAGUGAACGCAGCGUGUGAACGCGCCCCCAUGAUCUACCCCCGUGCUGUUUCAGAUGGGCAGUUCUACUCUCCACCUGAAUCUGUCGCAGGCUCUGAGGAAGAUCUGGAUGAGGAGGGUCUUGGGCGCAGAGCUGUCACUACUCAGGAGAAGGAGUAUGUCAGACAGGGUCGUGAGGCCAUGUCUGUGGUAGAACAGAUCCUAACCCAGGAGGAAAACUGGAAGUUUGAAAAAAACAACGACAUGGGAGACUCUGUCUACACCCUGGAGAUUCCCUUCCAUGGAAAGACUUUCAUUCUCAAGGCCUUUAUGCAAUGUCCUGCUGAGCUUGUGUAUCAGGAAGUAAUUCUGCAACCAGAGAAGAUGGUGCAGUGGAACAAAACAGUUUCUGCCUGCCAGAUCCUUCAGAGGGUUGACGACAACACUCUAGUAUCAUAUGACGUCUCUGCUGGAGCAGCAGGGGGGGUUGUGUCUGCGAGGGACUUUGUGAAUGUUCGACGGGUAGAGCGCAAACGAGACUGCUACCUGUCUGCUGGCAUGGCAACCGACCACGACACCAAACCUCCAAGCGCCCGCUACGUCAGGGGAGAGAAUGGUCCAGGAGGAUUUGUGGUCCUCAAGUCCAGCAGUAACCCGUCCGUUUGCACCUUCAUCUGGAUCCUCAACACAGACUUGAAGGGCCGUCUGCCCCGCUACCUCAUCCACCAGAGUCUGGCCGCCACCAUGUUUGAAUUCAUGUCCCAUUUACGCCAACGCAUCGCUGAUCUGCGGCCCUCUCACCGCUCCCACCACCACAUUUAAAACAGGAGAGACAUCUAACUGUACCACAGCUGGCUGGGAGGUAUCACUACUUGUGUUUUUUUUUUUUUUUUUUUUUAAUUAUUAUCAUUAUCAGUGAACCCCCAAAAAAUGGGCAUAGCAGCACACUUGUGAUGCAUCCAAGCUGAAGGGACGUGCUGCAGUAACUGCAAUGACCACACUUCUAAGCAUAGGAUGUGAGACAUGUGACUGCACGUUCACCACAUUUCAGUCACAUGAGGAGAGGAGUAAUGUGCCUGUCAAAGACGGUGUUCCACCUUACUCUUAAACUUCAGAAAUGUUGUUGUUUUUUUUUAGUGUGAUCACAUCCAUAUUUUUCAGUGGACCUGUAAUUGUUUUGCCACGUCCCUCACCAUGCAAUGAGAACUGUUUUCUGAAGGCAUCUUGUGACACGGGUGGACUUUACUCAAAGAAGGAGACUCAGAUGAAGAUGGAAGUGAUCCUUACUGUGCACCCGUCUGGCUUGUUACAAAAGAACUGAUGCAAUGGCGUGACUGAGCCUUAUCUUUCUGCACACGUUGUUAGCCAUUGAUUUAUUACUUUUUUUUUUUGUUUGUUUGUUUGUUUGUUUUGAUUUGUUUGUUUAGUUUUCUCUGCGAUGGCUUAAAUAUGUUUCUCUGGUGCACCUGCCCUAAAACACAAACACAUCAUUUGAAUGGGUAAAUGCUGUUUCCACACAGUUUAUUUUUCCUUAGCUACACUGUGAUAGAUGGGGAAAGAAGUCAUUUGCUGUCUAAGUACCACUAGAGGGGGGCACCACUGAUCCACGGCAGUGAACGUCUCUUAGUUUGACAUCAUCCUCCAAUCUCGGGGUGCAAAAAUAUAUUAGCUAAUCAGCUAAAAUUUACUCAAAUAUUACUGAGAGGUUUUUAAACACUGCUUUUAUUUUGCACCAUGAGAUUGGCCAGGAGGUCAAACCAGGCAUCAGAUUAGGAGGAUGUUAGUUUGUGUUGCAAAAUGAAUUAUCAAGCUCAGUUAAAAACAAAUGAAGAUGAUGAUGAUGAUAAUGUUCAUAAAUUAGGAUGCUGUACACUUACUAAAGCUAUCUUUUGUGCCAAUAACCUCAAGUGGCCUUGUGGUAAAAAAAAAAAAAAAAAAAAAAAAAACUGAACUCAUUAUUUGCCAUCAGAAGUUAUUACUGUACUGAUAUGAUUUCCAUUGACAUCAGUGCUGGCCUCCCCUCAGGCCAUGAGAUGUGGCACUGCACGAAGUUUUCUUGUCAUUUCUUUCAUUAUGAAGCAUUAUGUUGUGUUUAAUCACUUAAAAAUAUCACCUCCAGCUUAUUAAAUUUUAGUUUUCUUUUUCAAUCUCUGCAUCUCAGUGUUAUGAUGUACCUCAGAAAAAAAAAAAUUGUAAUUGUGUAUGUAAUGAAAACUGGCAAAGGUCUGAGGUCUGGUCAUUGGUUCAAGUUGCUGUGGAGUUGAACCAAAGAGAGCAAAUUGACUGUGCUUUUCAAUCCUGAGGAAUAGGGCGUAAAACAACUUUGCUGAAUUGUUCACACUUUUGAAGGAGCUUAUUUAAGGUUUAACUGUGACUGUGAUGUGGUCAUUUACCACAUCACAUUCACCAACAUGGCUACGGCCUUGAGGCAUUUUACUUUAAAAGUCCAGGUAUUUGUGGAAGCUGCAGUCACAGUUGGAAAUAUUUCCUCUUCAUGAAGUCCAAAACACAUGGUUAUUAAGAUUUAGUUGGGAUUGACUUUUAGCUACUUACUGUACAGAAGGAAUGUCAAAUGAAAAGUUAUCAAUGAUAUCAACAAUUGGUGCCUUUAUCACAUUACAUGUCAGCCUUUUAUUUUGCGUCGCAUUUAUUUUACUUUGUUAAAUUGAGAUUUAAUACCUUCAGCAAAGGUAUACUGUACACACAUGAAUCCUGCUUAGAGUACUUACUGUUUUCCUUAAUAAUAGUAUUUUUAAUGUAUGUCUAUAGAUUAUUCAUCAAACAUGUUAAUUUAAAGCCAUCACAACUGACCAACAGUUUUUACUGAGUCUUAACCUGUGUCUUAUGUCUAAUAAAAUGUAUGAACUGAU